AUGCAGCCACCACCUAUUCCACAAUCUACCUUUCGUGGUAUGGUGGUUCGUAUGCGUGAAGAGCAAACUGGUCUGGAACGCGUUUAUGAGCAUCACCAUCAACAUCCAGUACCACCUACAACCAACAAACCUCAUGCAGUACAUUCCGAAAAUAAAGUAAAGAAUGCAGACAAAAUGCCACGGUUUAAAGCACAGUCCCUUCCCAUGUUGUCCAAUUCUGACGCCUCUGCACACCAGAUCCGCCAUCCUCAACAUGUGUCCCGUCAGACUGGAUUUGGAAUAGAUGUACGUCCACCAUCUGCAUCUUCUAACAUACAUUCAAAUCGAGAUUCAAAACCAUCUGUAGGUCACCAUACCACUCUUGGUUCAGAAUCACACCUGAAAAGUAUAAACCGUCGUCCAGGUUCAUCUUCCAUAAACCAUAGAGCCAAACCAAAUACAAAGCCAGGCAUUUCGUUGAGUGACAUACCAACAAAAACUGCAGUUAAUUUAGUUGAAACCGCAUUGGAAAUCAAUGGAUCCAGUUCAAAAAGUACAAUUCGGUCGCGUCCUGGUUCGCAGGGCACUCGUAAACUCUCUAUGGAUAGCCAGAGUGAACUAGUACCACCCCACAAUAAGGUCAUACCUACAAGCAAAAGCGUUUCAAAAUUGGACGCUGUUUUGCAUUAUGGUUCUGAGGAUGAAAGUGAUGUGAACAAUAAGGAUCAUGAUCGUCACCAUAUGUCCAAUCGUCGUGCUUCUAACCAGUCUGGUGAUGCUCAAGCAGAUAAACAUUUUACUAGAAGUCGUCCACAGAGUGCUAAAAAGCCUUAUUAUCCACCACCAGAACUACCUUUAUGGAAUAGCUCAACAAAAUAUGCUGCUGGCUCUGAAGAAAAUAUAGAAAAGCUGUUACCACCAACACUUGAAAGCAGUGAUCUGUCCAAGCUAUCUGGAUCACAAAACCAACUAUAUCAAGGUCGUCCUCAACUUGUUGGAAUGUUUAAUUCUCGUAAAGGAAAUUUCUCCAGCAAAACAAGUGCUAUUUCCAAGAGCGUACCACUUUUAACCAACCUAGACACUCUGCAAUCCAUACCAGAUUUGGUGAGCAUCCAAGAAAAAAUGAGUGGACUUGAAGACUCUAUGAAUGCAUCCAUGUCUACCAUAUACACUGCAUCCUCUCGAUUUGAUCAGCGAUCCGAUACACAGCAAGUUGGAAGGUAUCGAGCCACGCCCCUGCAGUGGGAUAUCUACUCUCGUCUUUGUCCAUCCAAAGACGAAAAAGAGUCUCCUACCUAUAUCCCAUUUACAGAAUCACUAUUUAGGAUUUCCCAGGCCUAUCAUAUUACUAACCAUACAUUGGUUCAGCAAGAUAUGGCCAAAUGUAUCAACAAAAUAUGCGCAUUGUAUUCAGUAGUACGCACCAAAUUUUAUCGUAACGAACGCAUUGUAGACGCGGAUAUAGAGGGUAUACUUGAUCCACGAACAUGGCAGGAGCUUCCUUUAGAUGCGUUUUUUGACGUUGUUGAAGCAAGUGCACACCCACAACUCAUGCGCCGAGAUGUCGACAGCAACCAAUGGAUAGAAAGUGUUGCAGAAUAUGCACAGUCGUGGAUGCAGCCAGUUGGAAUCCGUAUGCCUUUUAGCGUUUUAGCCAUCAAGUAUCCUCCAUCAUUGAAAUCAAGUGACCAUCCACUCAACCCACUUGGUCAUACUGUGCUAGUAUUUGCCGCUAGUAUGGCAGUGGUAGACGAGAUAUCAUUGACAUGGAUAGCUCAUGAAUGCAUUCAUCUCUAUAAUCAAUGCUAUCGUUUCUGCAAACUUGAAAAACCUCAAUCUGACAAAAUAGCAUGCAUCGAUACUUACAAAACAAUUGAAACUGAAGAAUUUUUCGAAUUUGCAAACGAUUGUAAACGUGGAAAAAGCGACAUGUCGUUUUGGCGUGAUCAAUGUAUCGAAAUAAAACAAGAUUCAGUUGAGCGAAGUGAAAAGGAUGAUAUCGAGGGACAACUAAAACGACUUGGUAAAGAAAAGUCUGCGCUAAGUAAUUCAGUUGCAAGCUUAAUUAAACGCAAGUCUGAACUUCAGACCGAUUUGAAAGAACUACGAUGUCAAAGAAGCGAGAUCACCAAGAGUGAAAAUGGGGAAGGAGUGAUUUCAACUUAUAUGGAUAGUACGGGAGGUGAAGUGAUACAAAUCACAAAAGAGGCAAAGGCGGCAUUGAUUAAAGCUGUUUUAGGCGAUGAUGCAGCCACAGACAAUGUGAUUGGAUUGCUGGAAAAGCACGAAGUGCCCAAAGAAGCACAACAUAAGAUCAAUGCAACCAAACUCACACUCGAGGGUUUUGCUGCAAUCACAGAAGCAGAUAUCGAGCAUCUCAACCUCAUGUCGCGCGAUAGACGUAAAAUCAUUGCCCUGGCAGAAUUUGUUCGAAACCGUAUUAAAGAUUGUCUUCAUGAACAAAGCAAGGUCAAGUUUGCACUUGAGCGAAAGAUUGCCAAAGCAACACGCGAUUUUGAAAGUGUCUCUGAUGGUCUCAAAUCUACCCAAAAUCUGCUUGAAUCAACUGAUGAUAUGUCGAUUCGACUAAAUUAUAUUUUAAAACCACCCUACGUAGAAACAAAAAUUGCACCCAUUUCACUUUGUGCCUUGUAUGAAUCAAAUUUACCUCUGCUCGAGUCGCUGGAUGCAUCAUCAAAGUGGGGGUAUGUUCCACUCACUGUUUCAUCCGAAACGUUGGAUAACUUACGCCGAUUCAGGGUCAACUGGGCUAUUUCAGUCAAGGCUCGUCAAAAACAAAGGCGCGCAGAUGCCUCUGCUUCAUCCGACAACGAAAGUUUACUAGAGUCUGAAAAAUCUGACGAUGAUGAUCAACCGUCUCGCGCAAACAGUCCGUUAAAAUACUCUGCAGUAACCACAUCAAACGAAGCAGUAGAUGCCACAGUAUUACCUGUUUUGGAAUAUCAUAAGCGCUCAAAACCAAAAUCGGUGGAUGUAGUAUGUCUUACUGCAUUUUCCAUACUUCUCAGACACAUCUCUGGCAGUGAAAAGUAUGUUUUAGGCGUAUCUCAAUCUUACCGUCGUCAUGGUAUUUUUGUCGGUCCAUUGUCAGAUACUGUGCCCAUCAAAAUAGAUGUUAGUAAACAAGGUCUGACAUUUGAUUCCUUGUAUGAAUCGCUGCAUAAAACUCUUCGUAAUGCCAAGCGUCACGGUGUAGCCUGUACUAAUAUGCAAGUUGCUGAAGCGUUUCACCUAUCAGAAAAGCUUGAUGCAAGAUUUGAGUUUAUUAGCUUGCGCGAAUCCAAAGAAUGGAUCAAGAAAGGGCUAACAGUGGCAGAUAUGCUUUGCUGUCGUGAGCCUUGUUUUCAAACCGAUGAAAUUAAUACCAAUCGACUCUGGUCGGACAUUGAACACGAUCAGUAUGAUGUUAAACUUGUGAUUGUCGAAACUUCACAUGGGCUUGAGGGUGGAUUGAAGUUUAUGAAUAGUAGGUUUGAUGAAGAUACUAUUCAAAAAUGGAUGACAAAAUACAUGUCCAUAUUAGAUAGUAUUGAUUAUGGACCUCGCAAGAUUCUUGUUUCCUCACUAAUUUCAAGGCAAGUUGAAUAUUUUACCACACUAUAUGGCAAGGUGGAAGCACGGCAAAUAUCAAUUCAACCGUGUCACUUUACAGCUCCUUGA